UUCAACUGUGCCGUAGCGGAGCACGGCAUGUCUUGUAUACCUUCUCCAAAUUCCGCGGAUUGCGUCCAGGUUUAUCAUGCCUCACUACGCGACUACGUUCUUGACCCAUCUCGCUCAAAGGAGUUUCACGUGCGAGCCGCCGAGUCUCACGGAAGGCUACUCUUCUUGUGCUUGACGGUCUUGAUGAAAGAGUUGAAGAAGGACAUUCUUGGACUAGGCAAUUCUGUUCAAAGACAGACUGAGAUCUCUGGGUUUCACAAUCGGCGUGAUGAACUCAACUCGAAACCCCUGCGAUAUGCCGUCAUGUACUGGACAUAUCACUUGAAGAAGGCAGAAUGCGACGAGAAGCUGUGUGCUCUCCUAUUCGCGGUCGUGAAGACUCGGCUAUUGUGUUUGGUGGAGGUUUUGUCGCUGCUGGAUCAGUUGGACGCAGCCCCUGCGAUGCUAUCCGAUGGGUACGACGUCGUAAAAACUUGCCGGUUGACCCUUUCCUCAGCAUUGGAAGAUGCCAUGGAAUCACGAUAA